AUGUAAGAUAUAUAGUAAUAAGGAGAAAAAGGACUAUAAACAAUUAUUGUAGCCAACAAAAUUGGUUUGGUAGAUAAAAGAGUUAUAUCUAUUUAACAAGGCGAAGAACUAGCUUUUAAAUACCGAGUUCCUUUUUUUGAAGUAUAAACAAUACCAUACAAAAAUAGAUACUCUCUUGUAGGUAAAUAUAAAUUGAUAGCAAUAUCCCUUGAGCCUUUAGAUGUAUAGCUUAAUAAAUUAUAUUAUUAAAUAAGGAAAAUAGUUUUGAACAAAUAAAUAUUUCAGAUAAUAAAAAAAGUAAAAACUAAAAUACACCAUGCUAUUGCUGAAUCUCAAUAAUUAACAAACAAAAAAACAAACAAUUUCUUUUGA